UGUGCCGGUAGUUGUCAGUAGAGACGCUGCUGUCUCUCUCUCUCUCUCUCUCUCUCUCAGCAGGUAGGGCCUCAGAGCAAAGAUGGCGACGGACAAACAGAAACAUGAAGGCAGGGUGAAAAUCGGACAUUAUAUUCUCGGAGACACACUAGGAGUGGGAACGUUUGGAAAAGUCAAAGUGGGCCAGCAUGAAUUGACAAAGCACCAGGUGGCGGUAAAGAUUCUGAACCGGCAGAAGAUCCGCAGUCUGGAUGUGGUGGGGAAGAUUCGACGCGAGAUCCAGAACCUCAAACUCUUCCGUCACCCGCAUAUAAUCAAACUUUACCAAGUCAUCAGCACACCAACAGACAUCUUCAUGGUAAUGGAAUAUGUGUCAGGAGGAGAACUCUUUGACUACAUCUGUAAAAAUGGAAAGUUGGACGAGAAGGAGAGCAGGCGUCUGUUCCAGCAGAUCAUCUCAGGGGUGGAUUACUGCCACAGACAUAUGGUGGUGCACAGAGACCUCAAGCCUGAGAACGUCCUGCUGGAUGCACACAUGAAUGCCAAGAUUGCAGACUUUGGCUUAUCAAACAUGAUGUCAGAUGGAGAAUUCUUAAGGACGAGUUGCGGUUCUCCUAAUUAUGCUGCUCCUGAAGUCAUCUCUGGAAGGUUAUACGCAGGGCCUGAGGUGGAUAUCUGGAGCAGUGGUGUGAUUUUGUACGCUCUGCUGUGUGGAACGCUGCCGUUUGAUGAUGACCAUGUGCCAACACUUUUCAAGAAGAUCUGCGAUGGAAUCUUCUUCACGCCUCAGUAUCUGCACCCCUCCGUUAUUAGCCUUCUGAAACACAUGCUCCAGGUGGACCCCAUGAAGAGAGCCACCAUUAAAGAGAUCCGGGAGGAUGAGUGGUUUAAACAAGAUCUCCCCAAGUAUCUGUUCCCAGAGGAUGCUGCAUAUAGCAGUAAUAUGAUUGAUGAGGAGGCACUGAAAGAGGUGUGUGAGAAGUUUGAGUGCACUGAGGAGGAGGUGCUCAACUGCUUGUACAGUCGCAAUCACCAGGAUCCUCUUGCUGUGGCCUAUCACUUGAUCAUAGACAACCGGCGUAUUAUGAACGAGGCCAAAGAUUUCUAUUUGGCUUCCAGCCCCCCGGACAGCUUCCUAGAUGACCUGCCUGCGCACCACUCUGCGAAGAUUCACCCUGAGAGAGUGCCAUUCCUGGUGACUGAGUCCCAGCCACGUCCUCGACAUACGCUGGAUGAGCUUAACCCCCAAAAGUCCAAGCAUCUUGGUGUCCGGCGGGCCAAGUGGCACCUGGGAAUCCGUAGCCAGAGCAGACCGAAUGAUAUCAUGAGUGAGGUCUGCCGUGCUAUGAAGCAGUUGGACUAUGAGUGGAAGGUAGUUAAUCCUUAUUACUUGCGAGUGCGGAGGAAGAACCCAGUCACUGGCAUACAUACAAAGAUGAGCCUCCAGCUCUACCAGGUGGACAGCAGGACCUAUUUACUAGACUUCAGGAGCAUAGAUGAUGACAUGGUAGAAGUAAAAUCAGGGACUGCCACACCUCACCGCUCUGGCUCAGUCGGUAACUACCGGACUACCCUAAAGAACGACAGGAAUGAAAAAAACGAAUGUGAGGAUGCAGCAAAGGGCGACGUGUCCGCUCCUUCCACGCCUCCGAUAUCCGUAGGGAAAGCGGCAGAAGGCUCUCUGGCUUCUUCUCUUACCUCCUCAGUGGAUUCCACAGGGGGAGAGAUCCCCCUCCCCCGCCCAGGAAGUCACACCAUAGAGUUCUUUGAGAUGUGCGCCAACCUCAUCAAGCUGCUAGCACGAUAACUUGUGCUUCCUCUGAUGCCUUCUCUCUCACUCUCCUCUGUCUUCCCUCUCACUCUCUGGCUUCUUUUCUCUUUCUUCUGGAAUGCUGUCUACCUCUUCGUCCUCUGAUAUCGGUGUCAUCAUCCACAGCAGUUUUUCUAUCUCUGUUCUUUUCGUCUCUCUUUUUCUUUCUCAGUGUCUUUAGAGCAAUAAGCAUGCGGACGGACUCAAGACUCCAUGCAUCCCACUCGCCUAAAAAAGCUGAAUGGUCUGUGGCUCUACAGUCGCCAGGAUCAGCCUGUUUAAGAGGAUUGAGAAAAGGUACAAGGAGGAAAAGGAUGGAGGUUGUUUUUUUGUGCCACAGUUAAGAUGUCAGAAAGAUUGCUAAGCCACUCUAUAGUGUCUAAACUCUUUUAGAGAUGGUUUUACUAUUCUUUUCUGGGUUUUAUAGCAAGUAUUUCCUUGCAGAGUGAGGCGUAGAGGUGCAUUUAAAUGAGUUAUACACUGAGCUAGCUGUACUGUACACAAUGCUGUUGCGAUUCGUGGCGGACCAAGAGAUAUAUAAAGAAAGAGCCCUUGUGAGGCAUGUGGGACGACGAGUAAGACAGAAAGCGCUUUUGCACAGUUUUACCUGUAAGUUUUUGUGGGCCAGUGUCAGAACUGGUUAUACCAUUGAUGAGGCCUACUGGGAAGGGCACUCGAUUAGGAGGAGCCGUCUUAAAAAGCGGGGCCAAUUUAACGUGGUGGGCACUUUAACACAAAGGGACAACUUGAUAAGUCAGCCUUUCUUAAGGAAGAGACCGAUAUUAAACCCAUUUAUCCUGAAGGAGUGCAAUGUCCUUGCCUCUGUUUCAUAGAUUUUUGUUUGUUUGUCACACCUUAGUCUUUUUUUCUAUUCGCUCACAUUUUACAUAAAUUUAAGUAUAUACAGAAUUUAAACAUGCAUUUGGAUUUAUAUUUAUCAGUGCUUUAAAUGGGGUUGUAGAUUAUUAAAAUUGUGAUAUUGGACUGGAUUUUUUUAAAAGAAAUAUUUGAUUGUAUCACUGUAAGAUGUUUUAUUCCAUACACUGCUUUAUCAAAAACAUUUUUUU